AGAACGUCAGGAUCGGUUGAUGAUGCGCCGAAGCUCUCACCUGCGUUCACUUUCAUUACGCGUAGGGGUUUGACACCCGAACACUCGCAUACGAAGACGACUCCUUUCCCCAACCACCAUAAUGAGCGCCUUGCCUCUACUAGCACUCCCUUAAUUCUACUGCGGCCACAAACCCGAACGAGAAAAAUGCCCAAAUCCUUUGAUGAACUCGACAAUGGAACGGAACAUGGCUCUGAGAAAGGAACGGAACCCGGCCCAACAGAAGAACCAGAAGAUAAUCCCGAGAACAAAUCAUCUAUUCAUACAACCUAUAUAGCCAAGACUGUUCAAGCCAACGAUGCGCCGCUUUGA